CCUCCUUAUUCUUAUGCUACCUUGAUAAAAUACGCCAUCGAAAACAGUGAAAAAAAGAAAUUGACCCUAAGCGAAAUUUACCAAUGGGUAAUCGACCACUACCCUUAUUACAGCUCAGCUGGCACAGGCUGGAAGAAUUCUAUUCGUCACAAUUUAUCUUUAAAUAAAAGCUUUGUCCGUGUUCCGCGUCCGAUUAACGAACCUGGCAAGGGCUCAUAUUGGCAAGUGGAUUACCGUGCG